AUGCAGCGUGUUCGACGUGACGAAUUGGGCUCAGACGGGCGCACGCGUGUCGACGACACCGACCCGCGAAUCUCGUUCGCACCGAGCAACUCGCCGUACGUCACCGAAAAUUCGGUCUGGACGAUCCCCAAGACUCCGCUGGCGUACAAUGGCUCGUUUGUCGCCAGCGACGCCGACACGGCCAAGCUCACGUUUCCUUUUUCUGGCGACACGCUGCACGUGGGUAUGCUGCACACUGCGGCCGGGAUCAGUGCACGCCUGACGCUCGAGAACGGCACCUCCCUCCCACUCAGCAUCACGCCGCAAGAGGCCGCCGCGAGUCUACCCGGUAACAGCACAACAGCGUUCCAGAAAAAGGUGCGUCGCUUCAGCGAUCUUGGCUGCUCCAACCACACGGCCACCAUCACGCCGGAACCCAACACGCUCGCACCGAUCUACUUUGACUUUUACAGCUACAAACCCCCCGGUCCCACGGGCUGUACGCCUCCAGCUCCAACAGCAGGUGGAAGAGAAAGCGUGGAUGAGCACACCAUGUUGCACGCGGGGAUUGGGGCCAUGGCGGCUAUUACGUGUGUGGCAAUUGGAGUGCUGGUGUACUUUUGGACCAAGCGCAGGAAGAAGCCAAAGGUGGACGAGGUGGAUCGAAUGUACAAGCCGCGACGGGCACAGACGAGUGUGGAGACGAUGGCCAUGCCGCUUGCUGUGGCCUACUAUGGCAACAAGCUGUCGGUGGAGCAUGAAGAGUACCGCCCGCGCGUGCUGCACACUCUACCCGUCCAGGCAAGCGAGUCCGGACGUACCAGUACAUACACCGAAGAAGAGGCGUUCAGCAUCGGUCAAACGCUCCUCGGCCUCGAUCACGAAGCUUCUCCGCACCUCGAUGCCACGCCGGGACAGGCGAAUGCAACCACUUCGGCACUUUUAUCCCCUCACGCAGAUGGCGAGGAGAAGAGUGCGGCGACAGCGCCGGAGGCGGUGCGACGUCCGUGUACGGCAUCUGCAGUGGACCGAUUGCGCAGCGACGCAAGGGAGCUGUCGGUAACGCGAGCACUGUCGCCAUUUCAGCGACGCCUUCCGACCGCACCCGCGGUUCCGGCAGCAGGUCGCUUUCGUCGCAACUCUACGGCGUCGGUCGAGACGCACUGGACCUCGGCCUCGCUCGACGAGUCGCGCCUGGAUGGCCUGACGAUCGAGCACGAGAGAGCACGCGUGCUGAGCAACGCUACGCUUCCUCGCCGACCACCCAAGUCACCCCACCGCCCUACAACAGGCACCAACCCCCCACCGCCACUCUCCUUCCUCCCCUUCUCUCUUUGA